AUGCCAAGCGGAGCAAGCCCCGAGCUGCACCCUAGCACUCCUUUCGGUAAUCCUCCGGUGAUUCAGACUACGGUCGAAGCGGACCUUUUGGCUCAAAUGACUUCCCUUCGGAAGGAAAUGGCCAAGCUUCAAGAAAAUAACAAACUCCUCUCGUCCAAAGUAGACGAAACCCAGCGGCUGCUUAAUCAGCAGGAAACGCAGAAUAUUCAAGCUACAGAACCUUUCCAAAGUCUGCAGACCCCCAGUCGGCAGAAGAAAGGGAAGAAGGGGGCAAAGGCAACGCCUGAGCCUUCCAAACAGCUGGUAGUCCCGGCUCCAUGGGACCAGCCUCACGUACCAAAGAAGGUCUACACCAAGUGUCGCCAUCGGAUCAACGACAAGGGGGUCGAACGGCAGAGGUCCCCAAUCAGGAUCAAUGCUGGCCUGCGAGAGUCACGGAUGAGGGUCCUUAGAAACAAAUCACCCCUUAGGAAGGUCCAAGGGUCGGAGUCGGAGGUAGAAUCUGAUGUUGAGUAUGCCCCCUCCAAGGGCACCGAAUCAAACUACCAUUCGGAAACUCCCACGGAGUAUUCGAAGGCAAGACCACCAAGUCCGAGGAGAACUUCCGAAGACUACAGUUCUGAGGAGGUCCCAAGCUGA